UGUGCACAGUUAAAGAAAUGGGGUCGACAAGUUAAUAAAUGGCCACUUGUUUACGGGAGGCCAGUCAGUGCAGUACCGGUCAGAACACUGGUGUAGUUCAGGCUCUACCCUCCUUACAUGUACACUUUUAAACUUGCUUUAUUCCCAGCGAUAUACUACCUAGGGAGGCGUGAUGGCAAAGUUUAAAAAGAAGCCAUGUGAAUGGUUGCCAGCCCGUUACGUCCUGACCGCCAUGUUUUUCCUGGGGAUGAUGAACGCCUACAUCCUCCGCUCCAACAUCAGUGUCGCCAUAGUCGCCAUGAUCAGGACCGCAGAGGCUGACGGGAACGGAACAGACGGCUCCACCAGCAUCUGUGGAGAAUUCAGCUUCGGAUCAACCCCUGCCAACAAAACUAUGCAGAACCAAGGGGAGUUCGACUGGGACGAGACGCAGAAAGGUCGCAUUCUUAGCGCCUUUUUCUACGGGUACGUCUUCAUGCAGGUGCCAGGAGGGUACCUGGAGACCAAGUUCGGGGGGAAGAAGGUGUACGGCAUAAGCAUGCUGAUAGGUGCUAUAUUGACCCUAUUGACUCCGGUGGCGGCCAGAGUAGAUUUCUGGUUCCUGUUCUUUGUGCGGUUCUUCAUGGGCUUCUUUCAGGGCGUGAUUUUUCCCGCUCAUCACGGCAUGUGGGGGAAGUGGGCACCGCCUCUCGAACGGAGCAGACUGUUGUCCAUCACAUGCACAGGCACGAAUGUUGGAACUGUGAUCGCCCUGGCGCUGUCUGGGUACAUUAUAGACCAGAUCGGCUGGCCCUGGGUCUUCUACAUCACAGGAAUCGUGGCUCUGGUGUGGUUUGUGGCCUGGAUGCUGCUAGUGCAUGACUCACCUGCCGAACACCCGAGGAUCUCCGAAGAAGAACGAGAGUACAUUGAGAGUUCUAUCGGCACGAAUGUACAAGAGGAUAUCCCAGUGCCAUGGCUGGAGUUUGCAAAAUCCAGAGUUGUGUGGUGCCUUCUGAUUGGUCACUUCUGUAACAACUGGGGAAACUACACCAUGCUGACGAACCUCCCUAAUUAUAUGGCCACCAUCUUGGGAUUCAACAUUGCAGAGAAUGGUCUUCUCUCCGCCCUCUCACCUCUGACCAUCUGGGUGUUCACUGUUACUGGAGGUUGGAUCAUUGACGUCAUCAGGUCACGUGAUAUUCUGGACACACUGAACUCCCGGAGGCUACUGACGGCAAUGGGUCAGUUCCUUCCCGCCAUCUUUCUGAUUAUCUCUGGAUUUGUGGGGUGUGACCGCGCAGCCGCAGUGGCGAUGUUGGCUCUGUCAGCAGGCUUUGGUGGACUGUCAACACCAGGGUUUAAGAUCUGUCACAUUGAAAUCGCCCCGCGGUUCGGAGGCAUACUGUUCGGCAUCACCAACGUGUUCGGGUCCAUCCCAGGAUUCAUUGCGCCCGAAAUCAUUGGCGCUAUGACCAACAACAAUCAAACUCGAGAGGCUUGGAUGAACAUCUUCUGGAUUGGCGCAUCGAUAUACGUGUUCGGAGGGAUUGUUGUGCUUCUGUUUUUGCGCACAGACAUCCAACCUUGGGCACAUGCGCCAGAUAAAAGUAGUGCAGAUCCAGAUGUCAUCUUCCUUGAGGACAUCCCAAACACCCGAAGCCAAAGGCACAGCGACGAAACUAAAGAAAAUUGAAUUCGGAUGCUGUAUAAGUGUAUUGAUGUAAAUAUAGAUUAUACCAAAAUGGAUAGUUUCAGGUUGCCACUCACUGAUUGCAUAACUCUCAUUGCUAUCGAUAUCACACCAUAUUGCCUGCAAACCGUUACAGUGUUUGGAUGCAUAUCUAACUAUGCUACUCAGGUGUGAAUUAGGGAUGUAUGUAGAUCUAGACACCUUUUAUUUUUUCCCAAAUAUACCAAAGAAGUCGCACAUAACUAUAAGUGUUUGAUUUGUUCUUCAAUGCCUUUAUUGUAAAUUGAAUGUAGUCCAAUAAGUAAAGGAUUUCAAUAUCAAUAAGUUGGUAGUGUAAUGGUCGACAGUUGAUUAAAGUUCAACUGACCUUGUUUUCGCCUACCAUUUCAUAGUAACUGUGCGCUGUCACGUACUUCACUCUGUUGCAGAAUAGUGACAACUGUGAUAAUUGAUCUUACAUAGUCAGGCUAUCUUCUCCUUAUUUCCCUCUUAAGGCGUGAGGUUUACACUUAAUUUGACAGAGGUAAGU